AUGAAUCCUUACAAAGGGUAUGUCGAUCGAAUUUACCUAAUUGGUAUUUCCAAUCAGAUUGAAGAAGGUAAAAUGACAUGGGAAGAAGCUUGCACUCAUGUUCCCAUCGCCCCAACCCUUCAAUCAAAUGAUUUCAAAUAUUUAGAUGUUUCAAAAUCUUUUUUACAAAAUCAAUUUAGCUUACAGAAUAUCCCAUUGCCUAAAGACAAGAAAGGUCGUAGGGUCAAUCCCUACGACCAAAUCAAAGCUCUUGCUGUGAUACAUGACCACUGGGCCUUUCCCUGUGGUCAAACAAAACAAUGGAAACGUUUGAAAUUACAACAAAUUGAUGUAUCUUAUAGAGAAGUACGCAGAUACUUCAAAGAAAAUCAUUUCACCAAGACGCAAUUAGAGCAUACCGGGCCAGAAACAGCAGUAAGAUAUUGGGCGCUUUCCCCAAUCUUAUCUGGCACGCAGAUGUUCAUUAUUUUAGGGGUGUUCGUGGCCAGUAUAUUUAUGGCAUAA